AUGUUUUCUGUUGCUCGCACUGCGAUCCGUCAGCGCACGAUUGCUGCUCCUGUUGUCCCUGCUGUGAGCCGGAGAUUGUAUCACGAAAAGGUUAUCUCGCACUAUGAACGGCCCAGAAAUGUAGGGUCGAUGCCCAAGAACGAUGCCGACGUUGGAACAGGACUUGUCGGUGCUCCCGCAUGCGGAGACGUCAUGAAGCUCCAAAUCCGCGUUGACGAAAAUGGAAUUAUCUCAGACGUCAAGUUCAAGACGUUUGGGUGCGGAUCGGCGAUUGCGAGUUCAUCGUACAUGACCGAGCGCGUCAAGGGGCUGAGCCUUGAAGAGGCUGGGAAAAUUAAAAAUACGGAGAUUGCGAAAGAGUUGAGCUUGCCGCCUGUCAAGUUGCAUUGCUCCAUGCUUGCCGAAGACGCCAUUCGUUCUGCGAUUCGCGAUUACCGGAGCAAAAGGUCCAAGAUGGCCAACCCUCAAAAGCCAGGAUUUAUUGAUGUUUCGCAGAGUGCUGCCACUGGCGAGACUGUAGCGACUGCUCACCCGGGCCAGGCCUAA